CCCACAGAGUUCCAAGAUAGUUCCGAUCAUCACACCUUCAAAAAGAUGCUGCCACGUGAUGAGAGAAGGUUCAAGGCUGCAGACCUCGAUGGGGACCUGACAGCUACUCGAGAGGAGUUCACUGCCUUUCUACAUCCUGAGGAGUUUGAGCAUAUGAAGGAAAUUGUGGUGUUGGAAACUCUGGAGGACAUCGACAAGAACGGGGAUGGGUUUGUGGACCAGGAUGAGUACAUUGCCAAUAUGUUUUCUCACGAGGAUAAUGGCCCCGAGCCAGACUGGGUUUUGUCUGAACGGGAGCAGUUCAGUGACUUCCGGGAUCUGAACAAGGAUGGGAAGCUGGACAAAGACGAGAUUCGCCACUGGAUCCUCCCUCAAGAUUAUGACCAUGCCCAGGCCGAGGCCAGGCACCUGGUAUACGAGUCGGAUAAGAACAAGGAUGAGAAGCUAACUAAAGAGGAGAUACUAGACAACUGGAACAUGUUUGUUGGAAGCCAAGCUACCAAUUAUGGGGAAGAUCUCACUAAAAAUCAUGAUGAACUUUGAAGAGACACUCACUAUAAUGUGGCAGAUUGUCAUACGCUUUCAUUUAUUGUCUUGGGUGGUUGCUACAAUUGUCUAAUUUACAGUAGUUGUGUCCCCCCAAAUGCAAAUUUAUACCUCAGAUUGGGGUACAAAUGAUUUUUCACUCAAGAUUCACUGGAAAAUGGUCAUCACUAUUUUUUCAGUAAGAUUUCUCUCAAAACACAUUACAAUCUUGGCAAAUUGCAAUUCUGCAUGGGGACACAUUGCUACAACAUGACUUUUUAAGUUUUUUUCCACUAAAUUUAAAUGAAAGGGGAAUAAAACUUGAAAAAAAAAACCCUAUUAUUCAUAAGGUUGGGUGGGAGGGGCAGUAUAUGGAGUGACUGCUACAUAUUUUAACUAUCAGGGUUUUUUGUUGUUGUUUGUUUUUUUAUUAUUUGCCACUGCUAAAAAGUUGGAGAAGUAAAAAUUCUGAUGAAGCUAGAUAGUGGCAUUGUCCCAGGUAGCCUUAUUUCCGAGCAAGUCU